ACCCACCCGUUUUGUCCCUGCAGAGAGAGAACAAGGAGUCUCGAUCCCCUCGCUCGGGAGCGGUGGAUUUGCCCAUGGUCACCGAUAGCAUACGAAACAUCAAGAGCAUGUGGGAGAAAGGCAACGUGUUCAGCUCGCCUGGAAGCGGCGGAAGCCCAUUCAAGGAAGCAGCUGUGAUGAAGACGGGCGUGGCAGGCCGCAUCAACGACUGGCUGAAUAAAACCCCAGAGAGCGGCAAGACGUCAGGAGGAAGGCCAGCGGACCUGAAGCCGGUCGACGUCACCAACAAGAGGAGUCUAUGGGAAAACAAAGGCGCCUCUCCAACCAAGGUGGCAGGCAGAGGGGAGACCAAAUCAGUCGCCAAUGGUAUGGGACACUAAUGUCUCGAAGGAGCCACUAACGCUGGGGACCACGACAAUCCAAGACUCUUCCUUUUGACUUUUUCUUGAGAACCAAAUAAUGACCACACACAUCCCAAGAGGGGGACCCUUAAGACCACGGAGGGACAGGGGACGCGCUGUCCGAGCACUGUACCGAAACAGCAUCAGCGUCAUUUUGUAAGGUUGCCAUGUAUAGUGCCUUUGCACAAUGAUUCUUGCUUUCUAAAAAACAAAAACAAAAAAAAAAGAAAGGAAAAAAAAAUGCUGUGAAAUUUGGACAUUUGUAAUUUCUUUAUCUAAAAAAAAUCCUGCCAGGAAAACAAAACUAAUUAAAUUUUAGAUGUAUCUUUGACAGAGUAGACAAGUUUCCACAUUCCAAAGAGAUGGGUGAAACCUCCCUCGUACCGAUUAUUUUCCAUCUCUCUCUCUUUUUUUUAUUUAUAUUUAAAGCAAAAGCUUCACACAUUUGCUAUUUUAUUCAACGUUCACCUGUUCAGGAUAGAAAUAUAAGCACUUCUAGAAUUUAGCGGAUUUCACUUUUAUUAUGUCUUACCAAUAGUGCAGCGACGGUCUGAGUAAUAUAUGUUAGCACAUGUGAUGUUUUGAAUAUCAUCCUGUAUCAUUUAUAACAUCUGUAUACGCAUAACAAAAAAAAAAAAAGGUAUUUUUGCUUCUUUUUCAUAUCCAGAAACUAUUCACCAACAGGCAGUUAAUUCGGAGUGUUGAACAUCCAGAAGGCCAUUUUAUUGUCCUUUUUUAUUUAUGUUUAAAUGUGUUUUCUCUUUUUUUCUAGCCAAUUUGUUUUUUUCUAGCUUUUGUACCUGUUCGAUCACUUUAAAAUCUUCAGACAUUCCUCUUAAAAGCAGGUGGUGCCUUCGCUGUAGGUUUUAUAACGUAGGAUAUGAGCGACCAUCUUUUUUUUUUAUUUUGUUCUUAAUCUACCUUUAACUUUCUUAUUUGCCUCUAUGCACACUCUUAUGCUCGGCAAUGCUUUUCUAAUUGAGGGCAUACAAAGUAAAAUCAGGGUGCCUACGCAUAUAGCAAGAUAGUAGUACAAGGAUAUUUACCACUAUGUAAAACUUCUGGCCUUAUGAUUGCAACGACAACAUUUACGACAGCUGAGGUACAGUACAUAAACGCCUCAUAGCGACUCAGUAUGACUUUUUGUUUUUUUUCGAGACUUGUGAUUUUCAUGUUUAUUUUCCACUGACUUGUUCUUAAGUAGCACAUUCCCUUUGAUUAUAAUAUGAACAGUUUGUCAGGGCAUUAAAUUGAUCGAUGUAACUGCUCAAGUGUCUGACAAUCACAUUCCAUGGCUCCUGAAAAGAGCAGGGGAGCUGGACCAAAACAUUUCUACGCGUGAUUUAAUGUGACAUUUAUAUGUUUGAUUUAAUUUUUUUUGCUAAUACAGUGGUUUCAUAAUGCUGUAUUGUUUUUUUUUGUUUUUUACAACCUUGUGUCCUUUUUAAUGUUUUUUAAAAUUCUUUCAUUUCCAUGUUUAACCAGACACUUGUUGUUUGUGUAGCGCUAAGCCUAUGCAAAAACACACUCUCUGUAGUCUCUCUCUCCCAAUGUCAUACAAGUGGGCAGUUUCCUAGCGGAUGAAUGUUUUGAACAUUGUACCUUUGAUUCAACAACAGCAAUAAAGACAUUGAGGUAUUCCACAU